AUGAAGCUCGCAACUAUCCUCGCCCUGGCUACGGCUGCUUUCGCUGGAGAAACCAUCAACAACGAGCACCUCAAGACCGAGGUUGUGACUGAACAGUCAUGCAAGCGCCCUACCGUUGCCGGCGACAAGAUCCACGUCCACUACCGUGGCACUCUUGCCUCUGACGGCUCCGAGUUCGACGCCUCGUACAACCGCGGGCAGCCGCUCAGCUUCAAGGUCGGCAGCGGCCAGGUGAUCAAGGGCUGGGACCAGGGUCUACUCGACAUGUGCCCGGGCGAGAAGAGGAAGUUGACGAUUCAGCCUGAAUGGGCAUACGGAAGCAGGGGCGCCGGGCCAAUUCCUGCGAACAGCGUACUCAUCUUUGAGACAGAGCUGGUCAGCAUCGAUGGCGUGAGCAAGGAUGAGUUGUAG